AAAACAAAUCAAUAUAUAGAAGGAACUACGUUCUUCAGGCAAACUUCAAAGGAUCCAAAGCAGGCGAUGGAAUUUCCGGUAAACGACGCACGAUUGUCUCCUAUGCAUUGCUCGGCACCACAAAAGCCGAAUUUAUUAAACAAAAUAGUUGAUGGCAUUAUCGUUCAAACACAUUCCAGGGCUGAAUUGAAAUUCCUUAAUGAAAUGCGACAACUGAACCACGACAAUCUGUCUACCUUUUUCGGAAUCUGUGUCAAUGAACUUGACAACUUUUAUAUUCUCUACGCUUUGAUUGAUCGCGCAUCACUUGAAGAUUUCAUUAAGGAUCCGGAUUUUCCUAUCGAUGAUUUAUUCAGAUCUGCCUUCUUAAGAGAUAUUCUUAAGGGACUCCAAUAUCUUCACAAGUCGCCGAUUCGGUGUCACGGUCUACUUUUGACGAAAAACUGCCUUGUUGAUUCGAACUGGGUAUUAAAAUUAACUCAUUUUGGAGUAGUGGGUAUGCUACACGAAUUCAUUGAAGGCAGAGUGCUGCGCAGUUUGCCGGAAUAUCAUCUAAAUCCAGAUUAUUUUCCAAUGUUCGCUCCAGAAUUACUGAAGGAGACAGGAAAUUGUGACAAUUAUCCACAUGGGUCUCCACAAGGAGAUAUCUACAGUUUGGGAAUGAUCCUCUAUUGGUUGAUGUAUAGAGAAGAUCCGUUUAGCAAAACUGGGCUACGUGGAAAAGGCUCGUGCUAUUUUCCGCUUUUCGAAAUUUCUUUUCUAAUCAGUUCUCCCAAAGGCAACCUCGUUGACCAAAUGCUCCGUAUGAACGAGAAAUACGCACAAAAUCUUGAACAAAUCGUUGCUGAGAGAAACGCGUUGCUUCAAGAAGCGCAAGAGCAAACGAAUCGACUUUUGAACGAAAUGCUUCCAGCAUCUGUCGCUCAAGUGCUCAAAGAGGGUGGAACCAUUCCACCACGAAGUUACGACGCUGCCACUGUCUGCUUUGUUCAGUUGUGCGAUUUUUCAGCUCUUGUGAGAAGAAGUAGAUCAGAUGAGGUGAUCAGUUUCCUCAAUGAUAUCUUCGAUCGCUUCGACACUAUUAUAAAAAAACACGAUGUUUAUAAGGUGGAGACCACCGGCGAGACAUACAUGGUGGCGUCUGGAGUGCCAAAUGAGAACGAAGGACGUCACAUUUUUGAAAUAGCUGAGUGCAGUUUAGAUAUUAGAGAAGUAAGUAGGCUAAAUAAACAUGAUUUCAAAGUACGCGUUCGAAUCGGGUUCCAUUGUGGUCCAAUCGCGGCCGGCGUGAUCGGCAUACGAUCACCGAGAUAUUGCUUAUUUGGCGAUACGGUCAAUUUUGCUUCACGAAUGCAGUCGAAUUGUCCACCUAAUCAGAUUCAAACCAGCGAGGUGACAGCAUUAAAACUAAUGACUACGAAUGAAUAUACGCUGGUGAGACGUGGAAUCGUACAAGUAAAAGGAAAAGGUGAAGUGAAUUGCUACUGGUUGAACGAGCACGUACAUGAAAACAAUCACGUCGCACAUUAG